AUGAUUCCAUCAGACAGGGUAGAGUGCAAACCAGACCGAAAGAAGAAUGAGGAACAAAAUCAGCACAGUGGUUGGAGUGGAGAAUUGGAAGCGGUGAAAGAGAGGGAUUCAAAAAUAAUUCCAUCAGAAUGGGUAUUAUGCAAACCAGCCCGCAAAACAGAAAAAAGGAAAAAAAAGUUGUUUGUCAAAGACGGACAUUAUGUACAUCGCAACUGUGAUGUGCAAUGGUUUGAGAAGUUGUUGAAAACUGGGAUCGUCUACUCGAAAGGAUGUGAAGAAACCGAAAAAUCAUGCAUUGCGAUUAUUUCCAAUGGUGGAUGUUUAAUGGAUUUGGAUCUCCCAGAGUGGAAGCCUCAAAUAAAACUGCAUCGUUUUCCAAAAACCCGAUGGCACGAAGAGAAAAAUGAAAUAAAAAGAACAGAUGUUGUCACCAGCCGUGGCUCGACCCGCAACACUCCACACUACCAACCAGGAGGAAUGGGCAAAAACAUCCUUAAUUUUUCUGAAUAUUUUUAA